CCAAAUCUUGCAUUUUUUCCUACUUGUUCAGUGCCUAGAUUUCCAUUUCACCCCCUAUAUCUUCCGGUUAGACGUAGUCCUACGUCAAAAAGGUGAAAAUCGAACAAUUUUUUAGUGAGGAUGUAAAGUGGUCACCUGUGGGGGGCGAAGUGGUCACUCGCACAUAUCACGCUAGAAGAGAUAGAUUUAUGCGUGUUUUUUUGGCCAAAUUUGUUUAAAUCAUUGUUGAAAUAGUAGGUACAUGUAUGAAAUGAGCUAGGCCUAUUCACCUAGAAUCGUAAUUGAAAUUUUCUCAUGCGUACAAAACGUAGUAGGAAACACAUAACGUUUUUCAAAAUAAGGCUUGGUUCUGGUUGAGGUGGCAUAUUUUUCCUAGGUCAAAACCACAAAAGGGAGCUCUCUAGGAGCAGAAGGUAUUAAGGUAUAUCAGCUUUCGAAAACAGAACAUUGUCAGUAGUAAUCCUCAACUGACCACUUUGCCCCCCAAACAACGAAAUGUGGAAUAUGCGAAAUAAUCGCUGAAAUGGAACGAAAAACUGAUCACCUCCCCUAGAAUAUGUGAAUAGUUGUCCAAACUGUUGAUUUGUCGCAAAUAUCAGGUCAAACAAACUAAAUUUCACUAGAAAUUCCUUAAAUUCGAAACGCACAAAACUACGACCGAAUGGCUACCGAGAGAGCGUUUUUUGUUUUUAUUUAUAUCUUGAUAUGCGACAGCUCCACUGUAGUACAGGGUGACUCAAAAGUUAUGAAAUUCUUCAAACAUAAGAUGACUAUCAAUACGGUGUCAAUAGUCAAUAGUUAUACUACCAAACAAGCAGGUGACCACUUUACCUCACGUGACCAGAUUACCCCCACUACCCCUAUUUGAAAAAUUUGUACCGAAGAAAAAUAGUUGUUAUGAACAGCAGAACAGCAUGAACAGCAUUCAUGUGGAAUAUGUACAAUUAACAGUCGAGCGCUUGCUCUGAACCCGAAAACGCCAUAGCAACGAACUUAUUGAUUCUCGUGCCACAGCCGUUUAGUUCAGUGUAGAAUAUUCGUACGGGCUCUCGAAGCAACAAUGUCGAAGCGAUUAAUUGAAAAAUACGAAAUCCUUCUGGAACAUCUCGAUUUCGACUACAUCAGAACGUGUGAAAAUGGCAACGAAUUGGAGAAGAUAGUCAAAGUCUUGCGUUCUGGCGAAGAGGGUUACUACCCGGAUCUCACGACAUUUGCGGAACGACGCCUCGAAGCAAUCAAACCGGGAAGCAAACUGCUAUGGAAGGAAACCCCUCUGGGAACGAAAGAAAACCUAGCGGCUAAUCAGUGGAAUAAAAUCAAUCAAGACAUAGAAACGUGGGAGAGUGAAAUUAAAAGUUUUCACGCCGAUAUUUCGCACCAAAAAGGGAUUUUAACGAAACCGGCAAUACCGCCCGUAAGGUGCACAAAUGCCUUAGCUUCCGGCGCAAUCACUCCGACCAAGACAGAAUCCACUAGGGAAAGGAUCAAAUCGCAUGAGUAUGAUCGUUGGGAUCGUUUCGAUGCCGAUGCGGAGAUUUUAAAAAUGGACCUGGAAGAUGAACGUCAAAGAGAGAUGGUUAAUGAGCGGAAUGCCGCAAAUUUACUCAAUACUCGUGCCAUUGCCCAUUCGUACCACGAUGAAGAAUGCUUCACGUCGGAAGAGAAACUCGUACUGGCGUCGAAACAUCGAGAAAAGGGCAAUGAUUUCUACCGCAGUAAGGAAUAUGACCGAGCGCUCUCGGAAUAUAACCGUAGUGUUGCCAUUGCUCCAACGGCAGCCGGUUUCAACAAUCGUGCAGUAACUCAGAUGAAACUACUCCGCUUCAAGGAAGCUAUUUCGGAUUGUGACGCGUGUCUUCAGCUGGAGCCUGAUAACAUGAAAGCCUUGUACCGAAAAGUACAGGCGUUAAUUUCGUUGGAUAAACGUCGCGAGGCAUAUCCAGUGUUUUGCAAGAUUUUACAAUUCGACCCCAACUGGAAACUGGCGUUGGAAGGAGUCGCAGAUCUGCGGCGACAGUUUCCGGACUUACCACCACCGAAUGCAUUCAGAAUCGAAAUACAGGAAGUCAGUGACGCAAAUGAGGCGGCCGACGAUUUUGCAGCUCUCAUCAAACCAAAAAAGAUUAUUAAGGAUCCACUUCCGGGAACGGUGAAGGCGCUCAAAACAGAAACUGCUAAAAUGGUUAAAGACACUGUUGCUCGGAAGCAAAGAUCAAAUAAUAUUGAGAUCCUAUCAAAUACUGAGACCAAUAAAAACCUGAUUGAAGAAUUGUACUGAUUAGUUAUAUUAAUUUGUUAUAUUCUCGAUAGUUUGAA